AUGGAUUUGAGCUUCAAUCAUCUCUCCGGUACACUCUCACCGGACUGGGUAAGAUGGCACAAUCUGACGCGCUUGAGAAUCUCAAAUAACAACAUCACCGGAGUCAUACCCACCGAGUUUGGACAGUUGACGAAACUGCAAGAUCUGGACCUCUCUUCCAACUACCUACAAGGAGAGAUCCCAAAGAGCUUCGGCAGCUUAACCCUUCUCUACAAUCUGAGUUUGGGCAACAACCAACUCGUCGGCCAUGUGCCUCCGGAGUUUGGAAUGCUGUCCAAUCUUGAACUGCUUGAUCUCUCAUCCAACAACUUGGCAGGAAGAAUCCCAGAUCAAUUAGGCAAGUGCACGAAACUCCGAUCGUUGAAGCUUAACAACAACAACUUCAGUGGAACCAUUCCUUUGGCCAUUGGUAAUCUGGUGUACCUCCAAGUCACCUUUGACAUCAGCCAGAACUCACUAACAGGGGAGAUUCCAUUCCAACUCAGCAAAUCGAUGUAUCCUACAAUGAACUGGACGGCCCUGUUCCUGAUAGCCCAGCUUUCCGAAGAGCCCCGGCAGAGUGGUUUGCCCAUAACAAUGAUCUGUGUGGAGUUGUUCAAGGAUUGCCUCCAUGUGUUUCACCCGGUACUCCCAACAACAGACGACCGAAGCAAGCGCCACAAAAUUGUUAUAGGAGCCAUCAUUACUCCAACAACAAACAACAGACGACCGAAGCAAGCGCUUCCUGUGGCUCGAGUUGCAGAUGAAGUAAUUGCAGUCUUAACAGCGGCACUAAGUUGUGCCAACAACAGCCCAGAAUCGCGCCCAGCGAUGAAGCAAGUCUAUGAAAAUAUAUGUUCUGUCAAGACACCACAGGGCUGUGGAUCUCUUGAUGCGCUGAGGCUUUCCGACUUGAUGAAUGCAGACAUAUGA